AUGGCUGUACGAAAGCAGUCAAAAACUGCUACCGAACAGUCGAGGGAGACCCGCAAGGCCAGAAUGCGAGCCCAGCUUGAAAAUGUCUCUGUUGCAGAUACAGCUGAUAAUAUGGAGUUAGAUGAGCCCGGUGCAGGACGACCGGCUCGUGCAGCAAAAACUGCGGCGCUAACGAGGGCUGAUCGCCCUAUGAAACACAAACGAGUUAGAAAAGAGCCAGCCAACAUGGAAGAACCAACCAGUACAGUACAAGCACCAGCAUCAUUGCCAAAGGCCAAGCGCAAACACGCUAAUAGUGUGGUAGAAGUCCGGAAAGCAUUGAACACGAGCAAAGUUCAACCAUCAGAGGCGCUGCAUCAGCGUGAAGUCAAGAAGGUCAAGUUAACGCCUAAGCUUAGCAGGACUUACCCCGCACCAAAUCCACUUCAAGUCUCCAGUAACAAGCGCGGCAAUCCCAAGGUCAAGGAUGGUACUGCUGAAUCAGAUCUUGGAGACUUUGAUGAAGAUGGCGAAGACCGUGAUGAACAAGAUAGCCUAGUAGAUGCUGAGGAUGAGGACGAAGAAUUUGCAGAUCUCACUGUUGAAAAUUUUGGUGACGAAGGAGUGCAAUGGACCCAGAAGAGUACAACAAACCAAGUCGACGCAGCGCUUGACGACGAGUCAGAGGAUGAUGUUUACUGGCAGCACAAGUCGAAGAUUACCACACGAGAGAAGAAACUCCAGGAUGAGAUGCCACACUUCGCCGAUGACACAGAGCAGAAGCCUCUUACUGUGCUCGCAGUCAAUUCAGGUGCCUCAGAUACUGCGAGCCUCAACGGAACUACCGGUGUGUGGUUGACAGACACGGAUCUACAGGUGACCGUUCGCGGGAAUGUUCCAUUCAUCUCCAUCAAACUACAGUCAGAGAAGGUCUGCAAGGUUGUUCGUGGAAGCUAUGAACGAGGACAACGCAUGUUUGCAUUCGGCCUGGAGGACGAUGUUGAUCUUACCAUUGACAAUGUCUUCGCAAUGACCACUGCAUUCGCAACUCGCGGUACCGAGACACUGGCCUAUGAAGCUCUCGUCGAGUCAGCUGAUCAUGAAGGUUAUACCGGGGACAAUGACAUGGCUGAACGCCUUCUUAGUGACUCGUGGGCUCAGUAUGCCAAGCCGCUCAUAGAUUAUACUACACGCCGCAUUCACCUCUGCCGCAAUCAGUUUAAGAAGGCAGUUGGUGUAGUUGUCACAAGCGUUCUCAAUCUUGCGACAAAUUCUGCAGCUCAGAACUCAUCGCUCUUAGAAGACAUCAACUAUAUCUACCCUUGGUCAGCGAAGAAAAACAAGUACGAAACCUCGAAGCCAUUCCAGGCCGAAGUGAUCAAAGAGGGUGUUCGAGCCGGCUUCUUCGUUGCCAACCAAUACAACGAUCUUGGCAUCAAAUUCUCUUACCUACUUUCGUCUUCACUCUCCACAGCUCCCGAUGAGUUGGAGGUUGUCAACCACAUGAUAGCCAGUGUUGCUACCGCAGUCGAAGCUUGUAUCCUGGACUUUAACGUCGGAAAGACCAGCGAAUUCGUCGGCCCGAGUCACGACAACACGUUCAAAGCACACAUGCUGCUCCUCCUCACUAUGAAACAGAAGAAGCCACUUGAGUAUCACAAGCUAACUCAUGGCAUCUAUCGUGCUGUCGUUGGCAUGCGCAGUAUUGGGUCUGCCCGACUUUCGAAAGAGCAAAUAAUCGCACAGGUUGACUGGGACAACAUGGGUGGCGAGUCCGAUUAG